AUGCUCGUGUACAACGUUCAUACCCCGAGCAAGACAUUCGCUCUGGCUAGCAAAGAUGGAGAAGGGUACGACCAAUUGAUCGAUCGAGUCUGUUCCAAGGGCGGGAUUGGACAAGACGAUGUCGCUGCCGUCAAGGCCAGAAAAGAUGGCGCUGGUCUAGUGUACGAACAUGAAGGUAGCAGAUGGGCUCUGGAGGACGAUGGAGACCUGGCCAUCUUUCAAUCUCGAUUCCCAGCGAGCUCUACCCAGAGUGCUACACUCCACUUGACCGGACCACAUCCCAGAGCUCACUUUGCCCUUGAACCUCCCGUCGAGACCAAGAGACCUACUGCCUCUUCUGCACUCAAAAAGAAGGUCCAAUCGAAAUCUGGCACCUCACCAGAAAAGUCUCAACAGCAACAGCAGCAGCAAUCUCGGGCUACUUCCAACGGUCAAUUCGUCCAUACCAUUCACGGAAACUUUGUAGACGCUACUGGGGAUAUCAUGCCACGUCCAAGGAACAUUGCGAGUAUCGCUCCCGAGCUUCCAGAUUACGAACACGAAUUCGCAAAGUAUGAAAAGACCAUUGGACAUACCGCCGACGGAGCUGUUAUCUCGAAACCAAAGAGUAUCAUGAGCACCAGGAGCAGAAAGAGCAAGUGGGGAGAGGAAGACCCAGAGCCUUGGUGGGAUAUUCACAGGCAGAGGUGGAUGGACUUUCAUGCCAACAAUGGCGUCCGCACAGUCGUGGGCAAGGCUGGCGGCGUAGACAAUGUCCGAAUGCUGCUCAAACCCGGUUACAGCAAAGUCUACGUGUCUAGAUCUUUCGCCAUCAAGCACGGAUUGGUCCACGACAAGUACUCCAUGGGAGCAGCUGGAUACACCGGCAUCAAGAUCCUCGGUCCCAUCUCGAUCACCGUUGGAUCUCGAACCGCCGAACACCAAGCCAUGAUCAAUGAAGAGCAACACUUUGAUGUGGUCCUCGGUCGUUUGUGGGUCGAAAAGAUGGCCGUCAAAGUCGACCCGCUGGAUCAGACAUCCUUGACCUACAUGGACAGCGGAGAGGUCAUUCCAUGCGAUCUCGUCGUGCUCAAGGAUCCACAAGGCAAUCUCAUCACCAUCACCUAGGUUCAAUCAACCCUUUCCGCAUAGUCUCUUGUUUGUCGUCUUGAGAUCCUCGGGUAGACGGGUCGAGCAUACAUGGACUCUUUCGUGUGAUUUCCUUGCCUCUAUCCAUCCUUCCUCAUCUUGUCCUUUGCUCUCGCUGCCAUUGACUGAAACAGAAGAAUUUAACACAUACAUAUGAUCAUACCCUUGUAAUGGAAUGCAGCUGACUGCUCGUGACCUCUGCAUAUGGAUGUCGUCCAAGCAGGCGCCGAGUGAUCUUGCGUGGUGACAUCGCAAAUCAUGUCGGGCCAGGCUGGCCGGUGCGGAA